AUGGGGCUGUACGCGCUGGGCGUGGCGACGCGGCGCGGCUGGACGCCCGUGUCGCCGCCGACGCUCGUCUACGGCCACAUCGGCGCCGCCUGCGGCUUCCACCCGCGCGACCAGCACGGCGAGCAGCAGGUCUACGCCCUGGCCCAGUCGCAGGCCGACGCCGACCGCGGCGCCCCGGCCCGCUGCCUCGCCGGCACCUCGGAGAUUGCCCUCGCCGGCAUGGCCGCCGGCGCCACGCUCGACGCCCAGGACCUGCCGCUGCGCCGCGUCGCCGUGUCGCGCUGCUACCGCGCAGAGGCCGGCGCCCGCGGCCUCGACACAAAGGGCCUGUACCGCGUCCACGAGUUCACAAAGGUCGAGAUGUUCGCCUGGACCGCGCCCGACCGCCCCGCCGCCCGCGCCGUCCUCGACGACAUGCUCGCCGUCCAGGCCGACAUCCUCGCCGCCCUCGGCCUCCCCUGCCGCGUCCUCGCCAUGCCCGCCCACGACCUCGGCGCCUCGGCCACCCUCAAGGUCGACGUCGAGGCCUACUUCCCCAGCCGCCGCCAGCUCGCAAACGGCGGCUGGGGCGAGGUCACCUCGGCCAGCCUGUGCGCCGACUACCAGGCCCGCCGCCUCGCCACCCGCACCCGCAUCCCCGGCGGGCCCAUGGCCUUUCCCUACACCGCAAACGCCACCGCCCUCGCCGUGCCCCGCGUCCUCGCCGCCCUGCUGGAGAAUGGCUGGGACGAGGAGACGGCCACCGUGGCCGUCCCCGAGUGUCUGCGGCCCUGGAUGGACGGCAAGCACAAGAUUGGCGGCCGCAAGCGGGGCACCCGCGCAUCUGCCGCCGCCGACGAGCAGCCCUCUUCGGUCCCCUGA